AUGAACAACGAAGAUGAACUCAAUGACCCUCCACUGUUGGAAGAAUUGGAUAUCGAUAUUGUAGAGAUUUACAGACACUUGAAGGCUGUCCUUCUGUUCCACAGGGGGGACAAUAUCUUUGCAAACUAUACAGACUUAUCUGGCCCUCUGCUUGUUUUCAUCUUGUUUGGAUUCACGCUCUUGUUUUCUGGAAAGUUGUGCUUUAAAAUACUAUACGUGGUCUCGUUGCUCAGCAACAUUUUCACGUAUUACUUUCUUAAUGUUUUGAGUCAGGGCCCAUAUAUUAACCUAUCAAAGGUUUUUACAAUUUUUGGCUACUCACUAUUGCCGCUUUGCUUCUCACCAAUCAUUUGGAUAUUUUCUGGAUUCCUUAAAAGCGUAUGUAUCGCUCUAAUCUACGCUUGCGUUUUAUGGAGCACUCUAUCUGCUUCAUAUCUGGUCAAAACGGAACUGGAAAUGCAAGAUCGCCAAUACCUUGUCGCCUAUCCAAUUUUCGUAUACUAUACCCUAUUUGCCAAUAUUGUAAUUUUUUGA